CUCGCUCGGUGCCACUGGCGCAAAGUUCCUCCUCUCGGUACCGUAAGAAACAAGAGGUGAAACGUGUUUUUCUGUCAUUUGACGUUGUUGAAGAGCUGCUGGCGAAUAUCACAGUACCCGAAAUGUCUCCAGAUUUCUGUGCUGAAUCAUCUCUGAAGAAGAAGCAGAGUUCGCAUGAAAACACAGACUGAAACAUCAACACUGUAGCUGCUCAGCUGCUUUUAAUACUAGUUUUUUUUGUAGUGUUUGUGUGUUUUAUGCGAGUGGAGACACUAAAACAAUGGCCUUCUUCGUGAAAAAGAAGAAAUUCAAGUUUCAGACCCAUCUGACCCUGGAGGAGCUGACCGCUGUGCCUUUUGUCAACGGAGUUUUGUUCUGCAAGCUGCGGCUGCUGGAUGGAGAUUUUGUCGCUACUUCUUCCAGAGAGGAGGUUCAAGAGAACUGUGUUCGCUGGAGGAAGAGGUUUACCUUUGUGUCUAAAAUGAGUGCCAACCCUCACACCGGAGUCCUGGAUCCUUCUGUCUGCAGGGUGUCAGUCAGGAAGGAACUCAAAGGAGGAAAAGCAUAUACGAAGCUGGGCUUCACAGACCUCAACAUGGCGGAGUUUGCGGGUUCUGGCUCCACCGUGCGCUGCUGUCUGCUGGAGGGAUACGACACCAAGAACACGCGGCAGGACAACUCCAUACUGAAGGUGAUCAUCGGGAUGACCCUCCUGUCUGGAGAUCCAUGUUUUAAGACGCCUCCCAGCACAGCAAAGUCCAUCUCCAUCCCCGGACAAGAACACACCCUGCAGCUGGACUGUAAGGGGGAGGGGACAGCCGAGCCCGGGCCGACUGGAGGAGUUUCACUGGGCCGAGCCGCUAAGCCUCGACCUUCCAUCAUCAACUCAGGUCUCCUUGAAGAAUCAGAAGUGAGCCUGCCAGGUCCUGCAGAAGUCUUCCAGUCAGGUCACUCUCGUAACUCCAGCUACGCCAGCCAGCACAGCAAAAUCUCAGGCUACAGCACUGAGCAUUCCUGCUCCUCCAGCCUGUCCGACCUCACGCAUCGCAGGAACACCUCGACAGGAAGCAGCACCUCUGGGGGUUUGGGCUUCACUGCCGACACACCUACAGAGGGCGACAAGGACGCCGGACGUCCAGAAAGACCCCCUCGACCUCCACGGCCUGUCUUACCCCCUAACAGGCCUCCCAGGAGGAAGCAGGACUCUGUGGAGAGUCACCCCUCUUGGGUUAAUGACACUCGCAUGGAUGCUGAUGACAUUGUGGAGAAAAUUGUCCAAAGCCAAAACUUUUCAGAUAUCAACAACACUGAAGACAGCAACCUGCGUCUGUUCGUCAGCAGAGAUGGAACCACUGCGCUCAGCGGCAUCAGGCUUGGAAACAGGGUGUCUGCAGGCGGAUACGAGCCUGUUGUGAUAGAGAGCCAUUAAAACCGAGACCAGCAGGAGAGGCGACGUGUUGACCUGCGGAUUGGUCUCGUCUUUGGUCUCGCUGGUUUUUCCUGGAGCUUCAGCUGGUUUUGAUGCCGUGAGGGGAAAAACCUCUUCAUGUUUGCACUUUAUGUGGAGUUUGUCAGAGUCUGCACUCCGUUCAGCUGUUUUUGUGAUGUUGAGAGUGAUUCAGAGUGAAAGCACCAAUGCACAAAGCAUUUCUGAGACUGCCUCGUGGUUUGUUUAUGUGGAUUUUGCUGAUUUCAGGAGCUCACUGUGUAGUAAAUUUACCUGUUCAGUGAUAGAUACAAACAUCAAAAUCAUCCAUGUGUCCCCAGUUUAUUGUCGAACCUGACAGACAGUAAGCAACAAACACCUAACUAAGAGAAAGGACAGCGCUGAAACGUUCCCUGCUGGAAAAAGAGACUCCAGUAAAAUCCACAUGGUAAUGUUUAUAAUUUAAUUAUAAGCAUUCUCAUAUGAGUUCAUUAAUUUCACACUAGAUAUGUGAACAAGUGAUUCUGCUGACUUGGAGACGUGGUUAUGGAACAAUUUGGGCCAAAAUGAAGCUUUUUCGACUGAGUUGCAGAAACCCAUGUGUGGAGAACAUCUUGUGUGUGAGUAAUGACACUAUAUUAAAGCCAAAUUCCUAACCGCUAUUAACUCUGUCAGUGACACAAAGUUAGUGAGGCUCAGCUGCUCUGCAGGCUGGACUGAAGUUACUUCAUCGUGUACUGGGGAUGGAUGGAUGAAAAUGGUAGUCGUAACAAAACGGCAACAAACUAAAAUUUUAUUUUAUUAAUUUUAACUUUAUUUAUUCCUCUAAUAUCGUUAGAGCAGCAUGAUAAGUUCAUGUGUACCAGUAAUCCUUUUUCUAACCGUAUAAUAACUUUGGUGCUGCCACAGAUAUUUGACUUCGUAAAUCUAGGCCCAACAGCAAAACUUUCGAUGCAGUUUACGUUCAUUGCAAAAAAAAAAGGUGUUACAUUUUAAUUUAACAGACUGUGUUUAGAAAACCACUGAGCAAGAUGCAGGAACUCUGAAUGGCUUUUGUUUGUUUUUUUUCCUUUUUGUUUGAAAUAGUUGUUUUUCCCCGUUGAUCGGGGAAACGCAGUAGAACCACUCUGUGCCUGUAAAGUUUCUCUUGAAUGACCCGAAAGCACCAUGAAACUGUGAUAGCAGAGUGCUAGUGAUGGCGAGGAGAGAAAUAUUGUUUCCCGUUCUUGUUUCUUUGUUUGUUUGUUUUCUCUGUUUUUAUUGUCUUUGUGUCAGUCAUAUUGUAACUUGCAGGCGGAGCCAUUUUGGGAAUCCCACUGUAUACUCACUGCAUGUACACUACUGUUGCUCCAUCUCCAUGAAGGAUUUCGUUGUUUAAAUUGUAGUUCUUCUCUCUCCACAGCCAUCAGACGUUCAGACAAAAAACGUGAGGUCAGCUGAAAACACUAGCUCUGUGGUACAAACUGUUCUGGUUUUACUGUGUCCAGUUGAAGGGGGCGUUGACUCCAUGAAGAGGGAAGUCUGCAACUGUAAAAGUCUUUGUUGCCCCCUGGUGGAGCAGCGGCUUGCUGUCAGGCUUUUGCAUGAGUCCGAGCCCUUUGGUGUUUACAAGAAUGUUUACUUGGAAUUUGACUGCUUUGUUUACAUCUGUCAUCAUAUGAGCAAACACCAAAGAGGCAGAAAAAAAGGACGAGAAUCUGUAACGCUGACAAACACAGAAAAAAAAAAAUGUAAUGUUGGCAAUCAGCUGGCUGGUUGACACUUUAUUUUUUUUUCUUGUUAGUUUUAAAAGCGAGUUUUCUGCUUGGAGUUUGAACUCUGGAAAUGUGUCUAUUGCAAGACUGAACAAGAUCUUAUUUUGUUCAGAGUCUUAAAAUCUGUUUGUAAAAAAGGUGAAAAAAGCUGUCGGAUCUCUCAAACGUGUUCCAGGGUUGUCCAAGAAAUAGAUCUACUACUUGCAACCACUGUCCAUUUAAUCUGAUGACAGUUUGCUUGGUGAAUGAAAGAUUAUAACUUCAGAAAACAGUCAAAAAUAGUUACAGCCAAAAAAUAUACCCUUAGUUUAGUUCAAAUAAAUUGAUCCUUUGGGAUCAGAAUGUUUCCCCUUCUUUACAAUCAAAUUUUAAGACUCUCUACUUAAACGUAUGGAUGUUAUAAGCUUCAGCACACUAUGCUGGGUGAAUCCAGCUCAUGAUAUAGGUUGAGUCACUUUACACUACCCAGCCUGCUUGUUUUUUUGCAGCUGUAUGUUUAUUAAUCACAUUAUUCUCACAUUUGGGGAUGAACCACUGUUCUUAUAGUCAGAAUCGCCACAGCCUUUAGUAUUCUUUUAAAGCGUUUAUUUAUAUAUAUUUUUGUUCUUUAUUCUUUUUAUUUUUUUGGAGGUUGGUUAUAAGCUAUGCACACAACUCACCUCCCUAUUUUUUUUUUUUUUAACUAUUAGUAAAUCUAACAAAUUAUUGUAUUGUAACAAAGCUAGUAUAACCUAAAUUUAUAGAGAAUCAAGUUGGAAAUGGUUCUUCCAAUCGCCACAUAGUUACUAUUAUUUUUGAGGCUUUUGUGAUAUUUCUGCAGAAAUGAUAAUAAAAAGCUAAUCUAA